GGUGCAGCUAGUUGGUCAUAGAGUCAGCCGCGAUUAUCUCCAGAUAGGAGAAAAUACCAUAGAGUUUGGUAUAACAAGAUUUCACAGAUCGCACCUUGCAUGUGCACUAAAAUUUAGUCAGAUGUCCAGUUAACAAGAGACCUCGUGCCCAUCAUAUACCUUGACUUAUCUCUGAGCGAAUCAGGAACCGAUAUCCCUAUUCAUGACUUAACUCUUGAUCAGUUCAUGCACGCAAGCAAUAUUCAGUCGCCACGAGGGGAUUCAGUAUCUGUACUUGGAAAAGCGAAUGCACAGCCUAUAUCCACCCAGAUUAUUCCAGCUAAGCCACGAUCUCGAUCAUUAAGCAAAGUCCACGAGAGGGGAGCUAGAGAAAUUCGUGAGAGAAUGAAGUAUACAGUUGACUUUGUCAGCAAGGCAUUCAAGCCUAAUACUAGAGGUGACUUUAUCCAAGAUUCCUUCACAACACUAGAAGAGCUGCCUGAAUCAAUCAACUUCAAUAUCGAGAUAAAGUACCCCAGGCUUCAUGAAGCGAUAAAUGCAGGUGUAAGACUCGUAGCUAUUGAAAUCAACACCUUCAUCGACAAAGCACUUGAGAAACUCUUUUCUUGCGGCAACAAGAAGCGGACUAUUAUCCUAUCCUCAUUUACCCCCGAGAUCUGCAUAUUAUUGGCCAUCAAGCAACAUAUGUAUCCUGUGAUGUUCAUCACUAAUGCCGGCAAACCUCCAGUUACGGAUCGAGAAAUGAGGGCCGCCAGUAUACAGUCCGCUGUCCGAUUUGCCAAGAAAUGGAAUUUGUUUGGUCUUGUCCUUGCGCCUGAGGCGCUGGUAAUGUGACCUAGACUUGUUAGAUAUGUACAGCGUUCAGGAUUGGUCUGUGAAUCCAAUGGAUCUCAAAACAAUAUACCAGAAAAUGCGAAGGCCCAAGCCGCCGCUGGUAUUGACCUUAUUAUGACCGAUAGAGUUGGGCUGAUUGCGAUGUCCUUGAGAGGAUAUCAUCAUAUCAAAAGCAACCAUAAAGGCUAGGCAUGAUCCCCGCGCGAACGGUACCCUAAGGCUAAGCCCUAAUCUUAUCUGCAUGUGACUGCACUGCUGUGUUUGGUCCAGAUGAGGCAUGUGGCUCACCCCACAGGCUGAGGAACGUGUGGCUAGUGCAGACUCCCCUCCAUAGAUUCAUUUUAAUUUUUCGCGGCGAUUAUCGUACAGUUUGUAUUUACCAUUCAUUCCACGAGUUGGAGUUAUUAAAU